AUGUGCUGCCUUCCCAUGCACCAUCCAUCUCUACCUCCACACCUCCACACCUCCACCUCCCUGCCUUCCCAUGCACCAUCUCUACCUCCACACCUCCACACCUCCACUUCCCUGCCUUCCCAUGCACCAUCCAUCUCUACCUCCACACCUCCACACCUCUACGUCCCUGCCUUCCCAUGCACCAUCUCUACCUCCACACCUCCACUUCCCUGCCUUCCCAUGCACCAUCUCUACCUCCACACCUCCACACCUCCACUUCCUCCACUUCCCUGCCUUCCCAUGCACCAUCUCUACCUCCACACCUCCACUUCCCUGCCUUCCCAUGCACCAUCUCUACCUCCACACCUCUACGUCCCUGCCUUCCCAUGCACCAUCUCUACCUCCACACCUCCACUUCCCUGCCUUCCCAUGCACCAUCUCUACCUCCACACCUCCACACCUCCACUUCCUCCACUUCCCUGCCUUCCCAUGCACCAUCUCUACCUCCACACCUCCACUUCCCUGCCUUGCUACACAAAAGACACAAUACUUAACCCUCCUGUUGAUGCAGCAUCUUUGUUGCCAGUUGAGCUCAGCCGCGAGCAUGGCGGUCGGGAGCUGCCGCGACUCACUCGUGAAUCUUCGGCGAACGACGCAGCCAGCGAGGAUGGACUUCCUGGAGUAGUGGCCCUACCGCUAUCCCCUAUCCUCAGACCGCCACAAUCCCUGCCGUCCUUGGCGAUCCUCACGACGCCGACGCCGGCACCUGUGACCUCGCCGCUAGUGCCGAGCACCACGGCAGCUACAGCCCCGGAGACUACCUCAGCUGGCGGAGGGGACGAGAGGCCGUCUCAGCUCAACUCGCCCUCAGAACCAGACCUGGAGCUGGAAGCCGAACCCGAGACGGAGACGGACGCGGAAACAGAGGAGGAGAAAGCUCGACGUCUUCUGUACUGCUCGCUCUGCAAAGUGGCGGUUAACUCGGCGUCGCAGCUGGAGGCUCACAACAGCGGUACGAAGCACAAGACGAUGCUCGAGGCCAGAAGCGGUGUGGGCUCCAUCAAGUCCUUCCCCCGGCCUGGAGUCAAAAGCAAACUGGCUACAACCACCAAAUCAGCUACGGGCCUGCAGAACAAAACGUUUUACUGUGAGACGUGUGAUGUUCAUGUCAACUCAGAGACUCAGCUAAAGCAGCACAUCAGCAGCCGGCGUCAUAAAGACCGAGCAGCAGGUAAACCAGCCAAACCUAAAUACAGCCCCUACAGCAAACCACAGAAAGGCCAGACCAAGCAACCGAUAAAGUUGACGCUGGGGAAGGAGCGGCAGUGCCAGACUCUGACCAGCCUCAUCCCUGCUCAUCUGGCAGCCGUGGCAGCAGCAGCCGCCGCCGCCCUCGGCAACACGUUCACACACCGCACGAACCCCGCCACUAACCACACCCCGACCCCCGCCCUCUUCCAGACACAGACCCUCCCCGCUGCACUGCUCCGCCCGGCCCCAGGGCCUGUCAGGACCUCCCACCCACAAGUCCUAUUUGCCCCUUACUGACCUGUUUGACCCGUCAUAGAAAGACCAAUCCACGUGUUUCAUCACC